GCAAGUUUACCAGCUCAAAGUUUACUUAAAAGAAAAAAAUUUUCAUGUUUUGACUUAACAUAAAUGUGUAUGCAGUUCCCAAGAUACAUUAAACAUUCUUUUUUUUUUGAAAAAAUUUUCUUGAAAUUUUAUGUGGGCGUGUGAGGUACUGAGCAGAAUUGGCAGCCAAGUAGAGGCUUCUGUGGAAAUUAGCGCUUGCCAAGGAGAAGUCUUUGAAAUAGCUGCUGAAAGAGAUGAUAAUGCCUGAAUGUUAAUGGAGAGGAUAAAAGUGCAAAAAACGGGUUACAAGACACUCGAUUUGGAGAUCAGUAAACAGAAUUUGGUGAUUAUGGGUAGAAAGACCUGGUUCUCCAUUCCAGAGAAGAAUCGACCUUUAAAGGACAGAAUUAAUUUAGUUCUCAGUAGAGAACUCAAGGAACCACCACAAGGAGCUCAUUUUCUUGCCAACAGUCUGGAUGAUGCCUUAAAAGUUAUUGAGCAACCAGAAUUAACAAAUAAAGUGGACAUGGUUUGGAUAGUGGGGGGGAGUUCUGUUUAUAAGGAAGCUAUGGACAAGCCAGGCCAUCUUAGAUUAUUUGUGACAAGGAUCAUGCAGGAAUUUGAGAGUGACACAUUUUUUCCAGAAAUUGAUCUGGAAAAAUAUAAACUUCUUUCAGAAUAUGCCUAUUGUGGAUAUUUUAUAUUAACAGAAUCAUAUGAGGUCUUUCUUGGAAUUGGCUUCUUUCACUUAGCAUACCGUUCUCAAGGUCAUCCAUAUUGUAAUAGGUACCAGUAUUUUAUGCCAAAAAGUAUUUCAUUGUAAUGGAUUUACAUUUUAUUGAUCCAUUCACCAAUUAGUAGACAUUUAGUUUAUCUCCACUCUGGCUAACAUAAUGCUGUUGUGAACAUUCAUGUACAAGUUUUUGUGGGGAUGUAUAUUUUCAUACCUCUUGGGUAUAAUCUGGAAGAAGAAUUACUGGGUCAUAUGGUGACUCUGUGUUUAACAAGUCGAGGAACUGCUGAACUUUUGAUAAUGUGACUGUGCCUUUUUACAGUCCCACCAGAAAUGAGUGAGGAUUCCAGUUUCUCCAUAUCGUUGCCAACACUUGUUAUUGUCUGCCUUUUCUGGUUAUAGCCAUCCUAGCUGGUAUGAGGCGGUAUCUCAAUUGGGGUUUUGAUUUGUAUUUCC